AUAAAAGAAAUACUGCUCAGUGACUUACAACAAAAGAAAUUACGGGCACCAAGUGUUUCACAUUAAAAGGCUAUAAAAUAAACAAAAACAACAUUCAUGCAGCAAAGAAAUGAAUGUAAAGUAAGAAAGAAAAUAACAUUUAGAUGACCAAAAAGAUGAGAAACAUACAUUUAUACAUACAACAACAAAUACUCUCAAUAUAUUAAUAUUCUCGUGAAGGACUGUCUCAAGUUUAUCCCGUCUGUAAUUCACUGUUUCUGCUCUUUACUCGCCACGCUUCACCAGGUGGACUUUUACUUUGAAAUAACCUGUCCGGAAGUCGUUUUUUUUCUUCUUCUUCAUUGUGAUGCGGAAGUCAGCUGUAAGCUACAACAAUUAUGGAUGUAUGAAGAGACAACACGUAAAAGGCUGACACCGGUGGGCUGUAGUAGGCUACAUGGCAGCGGAGCUGGCUGCGGGUGUCGGCUGGGCUCCGGCCUGUUUGUGUGUCCUCUGCGGGCUGCCGGCUGCGGGGAAGUCCACUCUGUCCCGCACGGUCUGCAGCACCGCCGCAAUGCGUGGAUGGAGGUCCACUGUGGUGCCCUAUGAUGACCUGAUUCCCGAGCAUGCUUUUCAGGCCAGAGUUUCAGGGGAAGAUGGCAAACUGCAAGAAAUGCACACUGAAUGGAGGUUGCACAGACAGGCAGUGUUGCAGUGCAUUGAGCAGUUCUUGAAGAAGCCUGAAAUGUUGGCAGUGCCACCUACAGGUAGCAGCUGCCAAAUCAACAGUGCUGCAUGGGAGCGAUGCAUCCAAGCUUUGCUGAAGCCUGAAACGUCGGACUACUCUCAGGCUGACCGGGCACCACUCGUAUUUCUACUGGAUGACAACUUCUACUAUCCAAGCAUGAGAUAUGAAGUUUUCCAACUUGCAAGAAAGUAUUCACUGGGCUUUUGUCAGGUGUACCUGCAGUGUGAUUUGGAGUCAUGCAUCAGCAGAAACCAGAGCAGGUCUGAACCCAUUCCUUCUGAGGUGAUACUGGAGAUGGCAAAGCGUAUGGAGACUCCAAAUCCUCAGAAAAAUUCAUGGGAGACAAACAGCAUUUUACUCAACACUACAGAAAAUAUUCCCACAUGUGACAUCCAGAGGGUGAUGGAAUUGAUCUCUGCUGCACUGAACAACCCACUGAGCCCAGUUGAGGACAACAUGGAACAAAAGGAAGCUGACCGCCAGAAAUGUGCCAAUAGUGUGGUUCACCAGGCUGACCAGACCUGUCGACGCCUGAUAUCUGAAGCCAUAAAGACUGCCAGAGAAAGUCAAGUACGUCCUGAUCGUAUGAGGUCCUUGGCCACUCAGCUGAAUGAAUCCAAAGCGAGAUUUCUUCACAACCUGAGGAAACAGUUCCUACAGGAAGUGCCUUUCAGUGAAGAGGACAUCGAUGUGGAACGUGUGGUGAAAAGAGCAGUAGAUGUUUUUGACAAUGAUAAAAAUGAACUCUUGUUAAGAAUCAUAAAUGACCAUUCUUGAGUUUUGACAAUGGUAAAUUUAAUCACAUCAAAGGUCACAAGUGAAACUGUGAUACAGUAAAUUGUAUUUUAUUUUUUAUUUUUCCUGGUCACUUGUUCAUCUUCCUUUGUGGGGCUUUGUCAAAAAAAAAACUUGAAAUGUACUGUAUGUGUAAGUUAUUUACUAAAUUUUGUUUGGUAAUUAAAAACGUAUAAUAUAUAAUAUACUGAACACUUCACCAAAGUGAAGAAUCUUGACUUCAGACCAAGAUUUAAACAAAAUCUGCAGGUCACCUUUACAGUGUCUCAACAUCAGCUACAAUACAAAAUAAGUUGCUACAAUGAAAAUGGGUUUGAACAAUACCACAAAAACUACUCAAGUCAAUGUAUAAAUAUUUGUAGAAAAAGGUUUCAAUGGUAUAAAUUAGUACCAAUAAAAAGAAAUAGUGAAAUCCUUCUGAAAUAAUACUAACUGAUUUGGGCGACACCUUCAACAGUCUAUGACGUGAGGUAUAAAUAAAUAUCAGGACAGCAAGCAGGAUCAUGGGUCAGGCUGGACACAAACUUAAUGUUCUGAACAGAAAAUGAGUCAGUUUGGCCAUCAGCCUCCAAACAUCCAGCUUCAGUUUUUAAAAAUAUACCAAACUGGUGAGGUCAUGAUGUUUAACAUUAAAUACUGUUAAGUUGUAUUUUAUUACAAAAGGUUCUAUAUCUAGAUGCCCAUAUGAUAGUGAUUUACUUCAGGAGCUGAGUGAAAUCCUGGUGAAUCACUGGAAGGUAAGAAGAUUUGUCCCAAACACCAUGAUUACAUGUACCAAACACAUGUAGCUGCAUUCAAUAAAGACAGUGGUCAGAAUGAUCUAGCUCAAUGGUUUUUCAU